CGCCAAAGUGCAAUAUGAGCAUUUCCUAGUAGAGGAACGUUGCCGAAUCCGUCCAGAACAUUUAGUUGCGAUAAAUUCAAUCUUCGAAGGGAAGAUUUCAACUUUUCACGCUCUGAUUUACAUUUCAUGGUUACGCUUGGCUUGAGUUACUUUUAAUAUAGAGCCAACGAAGCUCAUCAGAUUUCGUGUAUUGCUGCUGUGUUGUAAUCUGUGGGAAAAAGCUCCGUGCCGGGUAUGGAUUCAAAAAUUUUAGUCGCUGUUGAAUUGCUAGUACUAGUUUGUCUGUUUUCGCUGGAGUCUGCUUCGUGUUCUACGAAAGGGUUUCAAAUCACCAGAGAUUCAAGAGACUCUUUUAAAAUCCCGCCAUCAAAAUGUGACUCGACGAACCAAAGCUUUGAUUAUUGUGCCGAGUACAACGCAAAGAAAGACAGAGAGAAGACGCCAUGCGAUUGCGUGUGUGACGCAAGCUCAUCAACGUUUGAAUUUCGAAACAAUGCCUGGUCUUGCCAGAAAAAUAAUGAGACGAGAGCGUCUUUUGGCUGCGGUAUGUUUCUUGACGAUGAGGACAAUGCAACCAAACUGAAUUCGCUGAGAGAUGGUAGCGAAAAAGGACUGAAGUGGAGGGCAGGGCCUUGCACCAUAAAUAUCCAAGAUUCUUUAUACAUCAAGUGCUUCGGAAAAGGGGACUCUGUGGCAACCGCUACGUCAGCACAAAUUCAAAUUGAAGAAGGUUCUAAACCUGUUGUGAACGAACUUGAGCUUGAAUACCCGUCAAGAAACGAUGUCGUUGGAGGCAUUGUGAAACUUACAUUAGAGUGCAAAGGACCUGGUCCCUCAACCACUGUCGGUUGCCUGCUAGUCAAAUUGCAAGGAAGCACAUCAUGUCCCGUGGCAGGAACACCGGAGACGACUACUUUACCCACAGCAGUCGAGACACUUUCUAAAGAGGUAGUUCCAUCAGUUGCUACAUCACAGGCUCAGAUCUUUUCACCCCCAGAUUCCUCCGCUGGUAAACAGACUAAACGCCUGGACGAUUUAUCCGUUUUUCUUAUCGUCGGACUGACUAUCUCACUCAGUCUCCUUUUUGUAAUCGUUGGAACGUUCGUUUAUCGACGUAAUUGUGCACGAAAUCACCUUUAUUGGGACACUGACGAGCACAGCUCCCAUUCAAACCCAGACUCUGAGCGUGGUGAAAAGGAUGCAAGCUAUGCUUCAUUGAGCCAUUGUACAACCACUACCUAUGCCUCAGCCUAUAACAUUCCCAGUACCAUGGGCGGAAUAAAUACGCUUGAUGGAGAAGAACCAAUUUAUAGCACUGUGGAUGAGUACCAAGACCCAGCCAUAACAGAGAGCCCCAGAAAGGUGAGGCCUCUAAGUGUCGAGCAACGCGUGUAUAACCUAGUCGAGGUCCUUGAUACAACCACGCCUGACGGGUCGUAUGAAUAUUGUUCCAAUGAAGUGAGUCAAGCACAGUCUCCGCUUAGCGUGGAACAGCGUGUGUACAACGUCAUUGAAGGCCUUGAUGUGAACACCUCGGACGGCCCUCACGGAGAUGUUGCCCAGGAAGGGGCUCAAGAGAGCCAGGUACCCUUGAGUGUGGAGCAACGUGUGUACAACCUCGUGGAGCCUCUUGAUAACACAAACACAUUAGACGGCCCCAAUGAAGAAGGAAGCGCAAUGCAGCCUCCCAUAAGCGUGGAACAACGACUUUAUAACACCAUAGAGCCCCUGGAUACAGUGACCUGCCAACAAGGCGACAAUUGUGAUCCUAAAAGCAAAGAAAUUGGCAAGUAUCCAUUUUACAACAUUUUGGAGGAACCUUUACCAAGUGACAUCGAACAAGGAGAAAGAAAUAGGUCUAGCAGUGUAAAGGAACAUGUUUAUAAUGUCCCUGAGGAACUCAAAGUAGAAGGAACUAAGGAACCAAGUGAUGCUAGCGCUUCACUGGACUCUUCUCGGGAUUAUGACGAACCGAUAGAGCUUUAGAAAGACUGAAAAGAAGUAGUAGUAGUGUCCGGGAAAUGGAAGUGCUCUUGCUCACCUGAGUGAGUGAGCCGGCCUGCUUCCUUAAAAAAAAAAGUAAAGAAAGAGGGAGUAACCUUUUCUAUUCACUCAAGCGCUGAUGGUGGAUUACACCUAUCGCCAAUGUCUAGUUGUUUAUUUCCCAAAUAAUCUCCUGUUUGAUGGGACAGCAAAACAAAACAACGAGAGCAAGAGAAACGGAGGGGAGGUGCAGUGGCUUGAAGAAACGUGGGGCUAAAGGCUUUCAUCCACACCCCUCCCACCUUAGUUCGGUCGUCAUUUCAUCUUUUUUUUUUCACUAGUAUAAUGGUGCUUAUAUCUAUUCUAACUUCAAGGAGUGCAGCUGCUAAUCGAUAAUUAUUUAAAUUGCUUAUCACUUACAUUUGGCGUCUAAUAAAUUACUUAAUAGAGGGAAGGCAGCCCGCAAACUUUCCCUUUUUUUUUGUUGGCAAGGAACCAAGAACUGAAAAAAAAAACAAAACAAAACAAAAAAAAAACAACACGAUUUUAAUGUAGUUUAACCAUGGCGUUCUUCUAGAUCUAUCAUGGGACACUGCUCUUAAGCUUAACAAAAACCCAAGGCUAUACUAAUGAAAGGACCAACCAGAGUAAGGCCUGGAUAUAACUCCUAACGAAAGAUAAAAAUAAAAAAGAUAAUGAAAGAAAGCUUUGCUUGCAUAUGAAAAUGUUUUGUAAAUUAUAAUUAUACAUGGAAAAUCAUGGAUAUGAUAUUUAAAUGUAAAUAAUUUGAAUAGAAAUACAGAGUCAGUGUUACAUAAAAUAAUAAAACUGUUAGUAAUACA